AUGUCGGACGAUGAGUUUGGAAGCGAGGACUGGGGAGAUGUCGAUGAAGAGGCACUGAUAGCAGCUGCAAAUCAAGUGGAGAAAGAGCAAGCGAUUACCUCGUCUAGUUCGUCUAUUCCUGUUUCUCGUCCUCCUCCUCUAGCUUCACUACCGGUGGCUUCCCCGCAGCGGAAGCAGAGCAAUCCGGCCGCAGGUGGCACCAGCGAUGCUCCCUUGUUCCUCGACGGUGAUUUUGACAACUCUGACGAUGAAUUCCGGGACCCGCCGAGGGUCAUUAGAACAGCACCGGUGGCACGUACCUCGCUCGUUCGUUCUUCUAGCGGGGGCUUUCGACAGAGUACGCUGUUCGGAGGUAUUGUCGAGGAGAAUGGCAGUCAACCUUCGUCUACCCCGGUUCUGCGUAGUUGGCCUCUUGUGAGUACGCAGGAACCGCCAACACAUCACAAGAUUGACAGAGAAGCGGCAAAGACGUGGAUUUACCCAGCAAACAUUCCUCAUCGAGAUUACCAGUAUUCCAUUGUCUCCAGAGCGCUUUUCUCCAAUGUGCUGGUGGCACUCCCAACGGGUCUUGGUAAAACAUUGAUUGCGGCAACGGUCAUACUUAAUUUUUUCCGCUGGGCGCCUGAGGGUCAGAUUGCCUUUUUGGCGCCUACGAAGCCGCUAGUGGCGCAGCAGAUUGAUGCUUGUUUCAACAUCGUUGGGAUACCCAGGAGUGCAACUGCAGAGAUGACUGGCAACGUCGGUGUUCAGCAGCGUCGGGACUAUUGGGAAGAGAAGAGAGUCUUCUUUCUUACUCCACAGACGAUGCAGAACGACAUAGCAAGGGGGAUUUGUGACGCAAAAAGAAUCGUCUGUCUGGUAAUUGACGAAGCCCACAGAGCUACUGGUAACUACGCAUAUGUUCAAGUAGUAAAGCUCUUGCGGAGGGUGAACAACAGCUUCCGCGUUUUAGCUCUAACAGCUACACCUGGUUCGACGAUUGAUAAGGUCCAGGCGGUCAUCGACUCUUGCGGCAUUGCAGGGACGGAGAUCAGGAACUUGGAAUCCCUUGAUAUUCGACCGUAUGUUUACAAGAGGUUCCAACAUCUCCAGGUCUUUGAACUCACCGAUGAAAUGGUUGAGCUGCGUGACUUGUACUGCAAGUGCCUGGAACCUCUACUCAAAAAGCUAAAUGAUGCUAGGGCAUACAGGGUAACGGAUAUCAAAGCAAUAUCGAUGUUUGGCGUUCAACAAGCUGGCCGGGAGUGGAUGACGUCUAAUGCGGGAAGAGAUGCUAAUCCAGCCUUAAAAGGAAUGAUGCUAAAUGCCUUUUCUACGCUGUCAUCUCUAGCACUUCCUUUGCAUUUCUUGACGGAGCACGGAGUUCGGGUGUUUUUCAACAAACUGUCUGAGGUACAGGCAGAAGUUUUUUCCAACCCUAAAGGGGGUAAGACUAAAAAGGGCAUAAUAAAUGACGAGAACUUCCGCAAGGUCAUGGGGAAGUGCCAAGAGCUUGUUUCGAAUAAGGAAUACUCUGGGCAUCCCAAGCUUGACUAUCUGGCGUCCGUUGUGCUGAAGCAUUUUUUCGAUGCUGAGGAUGCGGAGACCAAAAGGGAGACUAGAAUCAUGAUCUUUACGAGUUAUCGGAGCAGUGCCGAAGAGAUCGUACGAGUUCUGAGCAAGCACCAACCUAUUGUCAAGCCGCAUAUCUUUGUUGGGCAGGCAGAUGGGAAGGGGGUCGAAGGGAUGAAACAGAAGGACCAGAUAGAGGUGAUUAAAGACUUUCAAGUGGGAAUUUACAAUGUCAUAGUAGCCACCAGUAUUGGAGAAGAAGGCUUGGAUAUUGGGGAAGUUGAUAUGAUCAUUUGCUAUGAUCAACAAGGGUCCUCAAUUCGACUGCUUCAACGGAUGGGAAGAACAGGUCGUAAACGGGAUGGUCACGUCCAUAUCCUCCUCACCCAGGGCAAGGAAGAAGAUAAUUUCAAAAGGGCAACGAGGGAUCACGAAUUCAUUCAAGGCGAGAUUGAGUCCGGAAAACGAUUCAACUACCAUCAUGAUUUAUCACCACGUAUUGUACCGAGGGAUAUUGAGUGUGUGGUUGAUAGAAAGGUCAUUGAGAUACCUGCCGAGAAUACCCAACCCGAGCCUCCAAAGCGGAAGUUAAAAGGGAAGGGGAAGCAGACUAAGGUUACAAAAAAGUUUCUCAUGCCCGAUGGGGUCAAAACCGGCUUCGUGAGGGCGUCUAGGAUAGGAAAGGAGUCUGAUCAGGAGGAUGAGGAAGAUGAUACACCUGUUGAGAAGGAGUCUCCAGCGCCGGACAUCCUUGAUCCGGAAACCGGCCUAUUGACCAGAAGCGAAGAGAAGAAGCUCCAAAGAACAUACCAAACAGACUGGAGCGGCGUCGACGACGGAGUCCUGGUUGUCAACCCACCUCGAGCGGACGCAUUCCCGGGGCGCCAGAGAACUCUCACGAAAACUCACCAUGUCCAACACGGUCGCGCCACUAUAUCCACGGCGAGAGCUUUACAAAGGAUGCACGAUAUGGACGAGGAAGUAAUACAGAAAUACAAAUCCAACCUUGAUAUGGCCCUCGCAGCCCCGCCCCCAGAACCGGCGAGGAAGCACCUAACAAAAGCCUUUAAACCGGUGGUGCCAAGGAACAAGCCAGGUCUUUCUGAGCGCCCCGGCAACGCCCCGAAACCGAGGCAAACGUUUGUACCCAAGCGAAAACGAGGGAGCACCUCCCCGCCAGACGUGGAAAUGGCCGACGCACCGCCAAUGAUCGAUCUAGUUAGUUCUCGGGAGGACGACGACGACGUACGCAUGGCCUCGGACGCGGACUCCAUCUCUAGUGACACCGACAGCGACGUCGGAGUUCCCAAGAGGCGGAGAAAGUUCGCUACAGGCACUUCGGGGGAUGAGGACGGCGAGGAGGAAGGCGAAGAUUUUCUAGACGUUGGACAGAUGCUGGAGAAGUGGGCUCCCAAGAAGACAAUCAUACCGGAGGACGAUGACGGCGAGGAGGAAGGCGAAGGUUUUCUAGACGUUGGGCGGAUGCUGGGGAAGUGGGCUCCCAAGAAGACAAUCAUGCUCCCGCCGAAGAAAACGGUCAACCGGCUGCCAAAGAACCUGAGAGGGAAACCUGUGCCCACACCUGUGCCCAAAGCCACCUUUAACCGCGCGAAGAGGGGGAAGAGGGCCGUUUGUAGUGACGAUGAGUAG